GGCCCUGUGGGUGCCCUGUACCCUGGCCUUCUUCAACUGCCCUUCAUACUGGGUCACUUUGCACAACUGAUUUUCAUGAGUGGCAAAUCCCCCUGAGCCAGCAAACACCUGGUGCUGGAAGGAAGGGAGGGACCAACUUGCAGGGAGGGUUAGAACAUUUUAAGGGACAGGAAGGCUCUUGAUAAGGCUGUGUCUUGAAUAAGGCUGGGUCAGACCAAAAGGGCACUGGAGGCCCCUGGGGGCUUUCUUGAGAUUUCCCUUUGCUUGAUAAAAAUAAGGGCAAUGGGAGCAGGUGCCAGUGCUGAGGAAAAACAUUCCCGUGAAUUAGAAAAGAAGCUGAAGGAAGAUGGAGAGAAGGAUGCUCGGACAGUCAAGCUGCUUCUCCUUGGAGCUGGAGAAUCUGGCAAAAGCACCAUUGUCAAACAAAUGAAAAUCAUCCACCAGGAGGGUUACUCCUUAGAGGAGUGUUUGGAGUUCAUCGCAAUUAUCUAUAGCAACACUCUGCAAUCUAUGUUGUCCAUUGUGAGGGCCAUGGGCACACUCAGCAUCCAAUAUGGAGACACAGCCAGGCAGGAUGAUUCUCGUAAACUGCUGCACUUGGCAGAUACCAUUGAAGAGGGCACAAUGCCGAAAGAGAUGUCCGACAUCAUUUGCCGACUCUGGGAAGACACCGGCAUCCAAGCCUGCUUUGAGAGGGCCUCAGAGUACCAGCUGAAUGACUCGGCUGGCUAUUAUUUGAGUGACCUGAGACGGCUGGUAGCACCUGAGUAUGUCCCCACAGAGCAGGACGUUCUCCGUUCCAGAGUGAAAACCACAGGCAUCAUUGAAACCCAGUUUGGUUUGAAGGACCUCAACUUCAGGAUGUUUGAUGUGGGGGGACAACGCUCAGAACGUAAGAAGUGGAUCCACUGCUUUGAAGGAGUCACUUGCAUUAUCUUCAUUGCUGCUCUCAGCGCUUAUGACAUGGUCUUGGUGGAGGAUGAUGAAGUGAACCGCAUGCAUGAGAGUUUGCACCUCUUUAACAGCAUCUGCAACCACCGGUAUUUUGCCACUACUUCCAUAGUCCUUUUCCUCAACAAGAAAGAUGUUUUCCAGGAGAAGAUCAAGAAGGCCCAUCUCAACAUGUGCUUCCCAGAUUAUGAUGGUCCUAAUACAUAUGAGGAUGCAGGCGCUUAUAUCAAGUUGCAGUUCCUGGAACUCAACAUAAGACGGGAUGUGAAGGAAAUCUACUCACACAUGACCUGUGCCACUGACACUCAAAAUGUUAAGUUUGUAUUUGAUGCAGUCACUGACAUCAUCAUCAAGGAAAACCUGAAAGAUUGUGGACUUUUCUGACCGCAGGAGCUUGCUUUUGUUUUUCGAAACAAUCUGGAGCAUCAGAAAGGAGAUACUAUCCAGGGUCUCAUUUACACUGCCAUAUAAUGCAGUUUGAAACUGCAUAAUAUGGUCAGUGUAGACUCAUACAAUGCAAAUUAACAACAUUAACAGUGUAGAUGGGUCCCAAGUCUCCAAUUUGCAUCACUUUCCAGUGUAUAUUGUUAAAAAUAUAUUUUUAUUAUAAUCUGUACAAUGGGGGUAUAUAGCUCUCUGCUGGAGAACAAUGUGAUAUUUUGUCAUUGCUGCUGAGCCAUGGGAAAGGAGGCCCUUCUCUAAGGGACAGAGCUCAUAUUUUGUUUACUGAAGGCCACAGAUUGCAAUUCCAUCCCUGGCAUUACAUUAGGUAAUAGGUGAUGUGAGAGACACCUGCCUCAGACCCUAGAGAGCUGCUGGCAGUCGGAAUAGACAUACUGGAUGAGAAACCAGCAUGCCAGAGUGUCCCUCUGCUUCCCUUAACAGCAGGAGCUGUGUUAGUGCCUUCAAGCCUUGCUUGGGGGUUUCCCUGAGGCAUUGAGAUCUUAGUCGCCAGUUAGGAUGUCAGACUAGCUGGAUGUUUGGUCUAAUGUAGCUGAGGCCCUGUUCACCAAAGAUGGAAGCAAUGAACAGUGAGAUAAGAGGACAUGUCAAAGUGGCAAUCCAGGAAAAAGCACUACAUGCAGGCUUUGCUUUUUCACAUGGCAACUGUUUCUACAGGCAUCCUUGCUCUGUCUGAACAAAAGAAGCAUUGCUUAUUGAGCAAAGUUCAGUGAAAGGAAAAUUAUCCCAUUACCCAAGAUGAUACAUUCUACUCUCUUUAUAUGGGUGCUAUCUCAAGUAGUGAACCACUCAUACAGAAGCAGUUCUUUCCUCUUGCAGGCUUGGCCACCACUACAGGUUACAAACAAAUUGAACAUGCACCUUGUUGCAAGCAUUUAUUUGAAUUUCCAGAGCUGGAGAUGAUCAGAUACCUCUGUUAGAAAGCCUUCCAACUAUACCCAAGAAGAUUGACCUUUUUCUUUUCCUCUGUACUCUGGCUCUCUAGCAAAAAAAAAAUAUUCCUUGUUCUGGAAUCUCUUUUCUAUCAUAGAGAAGCUGUGAGAAGCUGCAAACUUGUAUGGCCUUUCCUCUUUUAAUGCUCGCUGAAUCCUGCCAUUUAUAUUUGAUAUUUUCCUUGCUGGCUCCUGCUUUCUGCGAACAGCACAUUGCUUCUUAUGAAUGAGGAAUGCAUGCUCAGAUUACUAAAGACAUUGGACUGGAGUGCCAGAAUUCUGUCCUGCAGAGAGAACACUGCAGUUGCACCAGUAGAUACUCAGCUUCUGAUAUUUUCACAUGAUGGAUAUGGACCAAUUUUCCUGCAAAAAAACUUUGACCUCCUGGUCAAAGCAAGUCAGGAGUGCAGAAUGCUUCUUAAGACUUCAGUUUGAUUGCCCACACAGUUUUCCUCCAGCCUUUUGUUUCACAAAUAGACAUCACUGAAAUGGGGUUCUUUAUAUAAGGACAGAGGCACAAUUUCAGUGGCCUUUCACACAAUACUUUUUUGAAUAACAGGGAAAAAUCAACAAAGGGCUUCAACUUUUUCAGUUUCCAGAAAAUUGUGCAAUUGUGCACCACACAUUCUUUUUUUUAGGGAGAAGCAGGGAACUUUACAGCAUCCCACAGGGAAUAUGUUCCUGGAAUUUGCAUGGAUAUGUGAAAAAGCAGAUAACAGAAAAAUCUAUUAUUUUUGAUAGGACAAAUAACAGAGUAUCAAAAAAAUGAGUGUGGAUUGUACAAGAGGCCUCAACUGAAUAAGUAAAACUGCAUAUAUUGGUUCCACAGAUGGAGGGGGGCGGGGUCAUACUGUAAAUAAAGUGUCUGAAUCAGUUGCUGGUCAUGAUUUUGUUAUAUAAUUUGGGUUUUAUCCUGGCAAGAGGUUUGAAACUAUACUGAAGGCAUUAGAAAACCCUUGCAAAAUCAUGGGAUUUUCUUGAAAACACUGGCUUAUGGUCUUCUGUGUUCUUAAUUUUCUCCCUCCUGCAAAUGAAUCCACCAGGCACCAUUAUCCUAAGACUGAUUUUGUGUAUACCUUCCCGUGUGCCUCUGGAAAAGGUCCUUUACAACUGAGUUGUGCUAUAAUAAAACAAAAGGAAAGAAACGUAAUAUACAACUCAAAUAUAUGUGGUGUUAAUAAAUUCAGGUUGGACAGAGAAAUAUGAAAAAUGUUGUGUCAUUUUGGACAAACAAUAGCGCAAUUGACAAAUUUCUAGUCAAAGAACCUUCAAAUGUCAAGAGAAACAUUAAUAUGAAAUAGUAUUCCAUAUCCAGUAUAUCUAACAUUGCAAAAAUUUCAAUAAUAUGCAGGUCCACAAUGACUGGAUGAUGUAUUCAAUGGCCUAACAAUCCUC